AUGCCCGAGACGCUGCUGCGCGUGAAGCCGGCCGAGAACGAGAGGAAGAAAGCGAAUGAAGAGAUUACAGACAGAGAGCACGAGAGAUUACUGGAGAACACGACCACGACCACCACGCCGAGAUCAGUCAUAAUCGUCCCCCGCAGCAAAUCCCAGGCCGCCUGCCGGCGCGUGACCCCCACCUCCAUUUCCGAUACCGGCGGCGCUAAUGGGGUUUUCGAGAAGCGUCUCCCGAACGGGGAUCUGUACAUCGGGACCUUCCUCAACAACGCGCCCCACGGAUCCGGUAAGUACCUUUGGAGGGAUGGGUGCAUGUACGAGGGGGAGUGGAAAAAGGGGAAAGCGUGCGGGAGGGGGAAAUUCUCCUGGCCGUCUGGCGCGACCUUCGAGGGCGAUUUCCGGUCGGGCCGGAUGGAGGGAUCCGGCACCUUCAUUGGUCCGGACGGGGACAUGUACAGAGGCACAUGGGCCGGGGAUCGGAAGCACGGCUACGGGGUCAAGCACUACAGCAAUGGGGACUACUACGAAGGGCACUGGAAGAGAAAUUCGCAGGACGGGCAAGGUCGGUAUCUAUGGAGGAAUGGGAACGAGUACAUUGGGGAGUGGAAAAACGGGUUGAUCCACGGCAGAGGGGUUUUGGUAUGGAACAAUGGGAAUAGAUAUGACGGUAAUUGGGAAAAUGGUGUCCCGAGAGGGCACGGGGUGUUCACCUGGCCAGACGGCAGCUGCUACAUGGGCUGCUGGGCAAAUGAUAUCGGCAAGAACAGCAAUGGGAACCAGAUUCUGAAUGGGACUUUCUACCCUGCUCACAAUGGCAAGAAAAGUAGUGAUAGUGAAAAUGUUGAGGGUUUGAAGGGAUGCUUUAGUCAGAAAUUGUCCACGCCGUUGAUGGUGGUGGAGGAGAAGGGUGUAGACAUGGUGGCUGAGGACUGUGGCGGGAAAGUACGUCCGUCUAUUGAGACAGCUGAUAGGGCUUUUCCGAGAAUUUGCAUUUGGGAUUCGGAUGGUGAAGCAGGUGACAUAACUUGUGAUAUAAUCGAUAAUGCGGAGGCCACCAUGUUGUUCAGAGAUGGGUUUGCGUUCGAUCGGGAUGGACUAAGACAGUUUAGGAGGAACAUGUGUUCUUUGAGUGGUGAAGUUAAGAAGCCAGGGCAGACUAUAUCAAAAGGGCAUAAGAAUUAUGAUCUGAUGCUCAAUCUCCAAUUGGGUAUUAGGCACUCUGUGGGGAAACAUGCUUCAGCGUUGCGUGAACUUAAGCUGAGUGAUUUUGACCCUAAAGAGAAGUUCUGGACUAGGUUCCCUCCUGAGGGAUCGAAACUUACACCGCCUCAUCAAUCGAUGGACUUUCGGUGGAAAGAUUAUUGCCCUGUGGUUUUUAGACAUUUGAGGGAGCUAUUUCAAGUAGAUCCUGCGGAUUAUAUGUUAGCUAUUUGUGGUGAUGAUGCCCUGAGGGAGCUUUCGUCUCCAGGGAAGAGUGGAAGUCUCUUUUACUUGACACAUGACGAUAGGUUCAUGAUCAAAACAGUGAAAAAGUCAGAAGUCAAGGUGCUUAUAAAAAUGCUUCCUAGUUAUUACCAGCAUGUCUGUCAAUAUGAAAAUUCGCUUGUGACGAAAUUCUAUGGCGUCCAUUGUGUUAAACCAGUCGGAGGCAUAAAAACCCGGUUCAUCGUGAUGGGGAAUAUGUUCUGCUCAGACUAUCGAAUUCAUAGGAGGUUCGAUUUAAAGGGAUCCUCUCAUGGCCGUACAACAGACAAGCCUGAAAGAGAAAUUGAUGAAACCACAACUCUUAAGGAUCUUGAUCUCAACUUUGUAUUUCGGCUGCAAAGUAAUUGGUAUCUAGAGUUGAUGAAACAAAUUGAUCGUGACUGUGAAUUCUUGGAGGCAGAGAGGAUUAUGGAUUACAGUCUCCUAGUGGGUCUUCAUUUUCGUGAUGAUAGCACUGGAGACAAAAUUGGUUUGUCCCCUUUUUUGUUGCGUACAGGAAAGAAUACUUCGUAUCAAAGUGAAAAAUUCAUGCGAGGUUGUCGUUUUCUUGAAGCCGAACUCCAAGAUAUGGACCGCAUUUUAGCUGGCAGGAAGCCACUUAUCAGGCUGGGUGCCAACAUGCCUGCCCGAGCCGAGCGUGUGGCCCGAAGGUCUGAUUUCGAUCACUACACGAACAUUGGAUCAAACAAUUUGAUGAGACCCUCACGAAGCCGUGAAGUCUAUGAAGUGGUCCUCUACUUUGGGAUAAUCGACAUUUUGCAAGACUAUGACAUCAGCAAGAAGCUCGAGCACGCGUACAAAUCCCUACAGGUGGACCCCACCUUGAUCUCAGCUGUCGACCCAAAACUUUAUUCCAAGAGGUUUCGUAAUUUCAUCGGGCGAAUAUUCGUCGAGGAUAGGUGA